AUGCUGGACCUUGCUCCAACUGCUAUAGAUGAGACUUCCCCGGCGCGUUUGGAACUGCUUAUGUAAAAAUGCAUCUAGUUAAGAAUGAACACCAGAGAAGUGCUGUGGCAGACAUGGGCUUCAUGUCACCUUGGCUUCCUGUUUAAAAAACAGUAGGCUGGCAAUUUUAAAGGGACAGUGACAAAAGUGAUGACCAGGUGCCAAGUGCCAGCUGUUCUUAUUCACCAGAUUGAACAAGAAUUGGAUAAAGAAGAAGAAGAGAUGAUGGUUUUCCUAUGCCGAGACCUUGCUCCUGACUUGGCCACUGCCGACCUUAGAGAGCUCUUGGUGGCUCUGAAUGAGAGGGAGAAAUUGUCUUUUCUUGGCUUGUCUGAGCUGUUGUACAGAGUUAAGAGGUUUGACUUGCUGAGGAGGAUCUUGAAGACUGAGAAAGCAACAGUGGAAGCUGACCUUGCCAGGAGUCUCAGACUUGUCCCUGAUUACAGGGUACUAAUGGUAGAGCUUAAUGAGAAUCUGGAAAAAGAAGAAGUGAGUUCUCUUGGUUUUCUACUCAGAGAUUAUGCACCUCGUAUGAAAAUGGCAAAAGAUAAGAGUUUUCUAGCUCUUGUGAUUGACCUGGAGAAACUAAAUUUGGUGGCUCCUAAUCAACUGGAUUUGAUAGAAAAUUGUUUUCGAAAUAUUCACAGGAUAGACCUGAUUAGGAAGAUUCAGAAGUACAAACACGAAGCUUUAAUGUCCUCCGUUCAUUCUCAGCCAGUAUAUGUAAAUGCACUUCAGGCAUCUCUCCCUAAUCUCAGUCUGAUUGAUCCUCCUUAUAAUUCAGGGAUCCAGAAUAUGAACAAAGGAAAACCACAAAAUGGACAAGGUCUUAUUCUAGAACCAGUCCACAUGUCCAUUCAGGAAUCGGGACCAGCGUCACAUAAGGUGUUUGAUGAUCAGUACAGAAUGCAAAGUCGACCUUUAGGAAUAUGCCUGAUAAUAGACUGCAUUGGCAAUGACACAGAUAUGUUGGAAGAGACCUUCAGAGGCUUAGGCUAUGAUGUUUGUUGUCACAGAUAUUUAAAUAUGAACACCAUGAAUCAAACAUUGCUUGAAGUUGCAAGGUUGCAGAAGCACAGAAAUUGUGACAGCUUCAUUUGUAUAUUGAUCAGCCGUGGCAGCCCUCAGAGCAUCUUCUGUACAGACCAUACCUUUUCUGGAUUCCCUUUGGAACAAAUAAAGAAAUACUUCACAGCAGACUCAUGUCCUGGACUCCUAGGAAAACCAAAGCUUUUUUUUAUUCAGAGCUACAUUGUGCCAGAAAAUGAGAAUGAAUGUACUAGUCUGUUGGAAGUAGAUGGGAAUGAUGAGAAAAUCACCGGUAAUGCAAAUAACCCUUGGAAAGUCACUAUCCCCCAAGUAGCAGACAUCUUUUGGAGUCAGUGCAAAGUGGAUGUGUCUACACUAGAAAAAUCUCCAAGUUCAUCCUCCUAUUAUCUGCGUUGUCUGACUGAGCUACUCCGCAAUCCUUAUAAAAGGAAACUCUCUAUAUUAGAUAUCCAUACGGAACUGAACAGAAGAGUCUAUGAAUGGAAUAAGACCACUGACCCAAGCCAACAAUACUCACUUCUGCUCCAGCACACACUGAGGAAGAAACUUUUUCUUUCUCCAACUUAG